UGAGUAUGACCAGAAAGGAUCAAACAAAAGGGAGGCAUGAGCUGUCUGUUCCCUUCUUCUCCUUCUCUCUGUUCACCAGCCCCCCAUAGGUUCCCUUCCUAGCUUUCUGUGGAAGCCAUGCAGCCACAGCAUUUCUCAAACAGGAGCGGAUCACCCAUACCUUUUCUCGGCUUGGCACUCGUGCUGCUAAUCUCCUUGGCAUGUCCAGCCAGCUCCUGCACGGAGCAGGAGAAGAGCUCCCUUCUCCAGCUCCUUGCGGGUCUCUCGCGGGACGGCGGCCUCAAGGCGUUGUGGCGGAGCGACACGGACUGCUGCACGUGGGAAGGGAUCACCUGCAGCGGUCCCAGUAGGACGGUCACCGAUGUUUCGCUGGCUUCUAGAGGUCUCGAGGGGUACAUCUCUCCGUUCCUUGGAAACCUCACAGGCCUGUUGCGCCUCAACCUGUCGCGCAACUCGCUGUCCGGUGGCCUGCCGUCGGAAUUGGUGUCAUCAAGCAGCAUCAUUAUCCUUGACGUCAGCUUCAACCGCCUGACAGGAGGCCUGAGUGAGCUGCCAUCUUCAACCCCUGCCCGGCCUCUGCAGGUACUGAACAUCUCGAGCAACUUGUUUACAGGAAGGUUUCCAACUACGACAUGGGAGGUGAUGAAGAGCCUGGUCGUGCUCAAUGCCAGCACCAACAGUUUUACUGGGCAGAUACCAACUACACCUUGUGUUAGUGCACCAUCUUUUGCUGUGCUUGAACUCAGUUUUAACGAAUUCAGUGGAAACAUCCCACUGGGGGUCAGUAAUUGCUCCGUGCUGAAAUUUCUCAGCGCUGGCUACAACAACCUCAGUGGGACACUUCCAGAUGAACUCUUCAAGGUUACUUGGCUAGAGCACCUCUCAUUACCUAGCAACCGGUUAGAAGGAGUGAUCAAUGGCAUCAUCAAGCUCACAAAUCUGGUCAUCCUUGAUAUUGGGAAGAAUGAACUCAGCGGCAACAUUCCAGAUUCUAUAGGUGAGCUGAAGAGAUUGGAGGAGCUCCAUUUGGACAGCAAUAAGAUGUCAGGGGAGCUGCCAUCCGCUCUGAGCAACUGCACAAAUCUCGUGAUAAUUGACCUUAAGAGCAAUAACUUCAGUGGAGAACUUACCAAGGUCAACUUCUCAAGCCUGCCCAAUCUAAAGAAUUUAGAUCUUGUGUACAAUAACUUCACUGGCAGUAUUCCAGAAAGCAUAUACUCCUGCAGCAAGCUGACUGCACUACGGCUAUCUUACAAUCAGUUCGAUGGUCGAUUGUCUGAAAAAAUAGGCAAUCUGGAGUCCCUCUCAUUCCUAUCACUUGUUAAAAACUCUCUUACGAAUACUACAAGAACACUUCAGAUCCUUAGGGGUUGCAGGAACCUCACCACCCUUCUUCUUGGGUUCAACUUUCUGCAUGAGACCAUGCCAGAGGACGACGACAUUGGUGGGUUUGAGAACCUUCAGGUCUUUGCAAUGAAUGAUUGUUCAUUGUCUGGAGAAAUACCCCAUUGGUUAUCAAAGCUCACAAAUUUGGGGAUGAUAUUUUUACACAACAAUCAACUAACCGGAACAAUACCUGACUGGAUCAGCAGCCUAAACUUCCUCUUUUAUCUGGAUGUAUCAAACAACAGCCUUACAGGGGAAAUUCCAACCGCCUUAAUGGAGAUGCAAAUGCUAGAAUCAGAUAAGACUGCACCAAAGGUCUUUGAGCUGCCUGUUUAUUUUAAGAGUCCAUUUAUCCAAUACCUCAUGCCCAGUGCUUUCCCUAAAGUACUGAAUCUAGGAAACAACAGCUUCACUGGUCAGAUUCCUGAGAAGAUUGGUCAGUUGAAAGCACUCAUUUCUCUCAACUUGAGCUCCAACAGAUUAUCUGGAGAGAUCCCGGAACCGAUUGGCAACCUCACGAACCUGCAGGUGCUUGACUUGUCCGGUAAUCAUCUCAGUGGUGCAAUUCCAGCUGCACUGAACAACUUGCACUUUCUUUCCAAAUUCAACAUUUCCAAUAAUGACCUAGAAGGACCUAUUCCAACUGUAGGCCAGCUUAGCACAUUUCCUAGUUCUAGCUUUGAUGGCAACCCAAAACUGUGUGGUCCAAUGCUUGUUAACUAUUGUGGUUCAGCUAAAACACCUCUGAUAACCCAGAAACGACGGAAAAAGAAGGUUGUCUUUGCACUUGCAUUUGGUGUAUUUUUUGGAGGGGUGGCCAUCCUAUUCUUGUUAGCUCGUCUCCUUGUCUUGUUCAGGGGCACAAGUUUCAUGAACAAAAAAAGGAGCAGCAACAAUGAUGACAUAGAAGACAAAUCUUCAGACUUCAACUCAGAAUACUCCUUGGUGAUGGUUCCACAAGGUAAGGGAGAAGAAAACAAACUCAAACUGACUGAUCUCCUGAAGGCUACAAAGAACUUUGACAAGGAUCAUAUCAUUGGCUCUGGAGGUUAUGGCCUAGUUUACAAGGCUGAGCUAUCUGAUGGCUCAAAGGUUGCCAUAAAAAAGCUCAAUAGUGAAAUGUGUCUGAUGGAAAGGGAGUUCAGUGCAGAGGGACAUUCAAGACUCCUGAUAUACUCCUACAUGGAGAAUGGCAGCCUGGACGACUGGCUUCACAACAGGGACUAUGAUGCCAGCUCAUUUCUCGAUUGGCCGAUGCGGCUGAAGAUUGCCCAAGGAGCAAGCCAGGGUAUAUCCUACAUCCACGAUGUAUGCAAGCCUCACAUUGUUCACCGUGACAUUAAGUCCAGCAACAUCUUACUAGACAAAGAAUUCAAAGCUUACGUUGCAGACUUUGGGCUAUCCAGAUUGAUCUUUCCUAACAAUACUCAUGUCUCGACUGAGUUAGUUGGUACUCUCGGUUACAUCCCACCUGAGUAUGGGCAAGGAUGGGUGGCUACACUGAGAGGUGACAUGUACAGUUUUGGAGUGGUUCUGCUUGAACUGCUAACGGGGAGGCGGCCUGUUCAGAUGUGUCCCAAGUCAAAAGAGCUUGUCCAGUGGGUACAGGAGAUGAGAUCCAACGGGAAGCAGAUUGAAGUCCUGGAUCCAACACUGAGAGGUACAGGAUAUGAAGAGCAGAUGCUGCAGGUGCUUGAAGCUGCUUGCCGGUGUGUCGACCGUAAUCCUGGCAUGAGGCCAACUAUACAGGAGGUAGUAUCUUUCCUGAAUAGCGUAGAUGCUAACCUUCAGAAGCAAAAUUCAGUCAGCACACAAUGUAAUUAGCAAGUUAUAGUGCAGUACACAGAGUAGAUGUAUAGUUUAUUUUUGCAAAGAGCUACCAGUUAUGUUCUCACUGGCCUCAUUAGUUCUUCUGUACAGAUUGUGACAACUCUUGUAAUUCAUCUCUGUUUU